AGAUAGCAGAGCGGACCUCCCAGUCAGGAGUCACACGCUUUCGCUUGGUCCCAGCUAGAAGCCUAGCCCCACAGAGGGCUCUUGAGUUACCUGGGCAAGUCCAGGACUUGUUCUGCAGAGUCAACGAGACUUAUUGUAAAGCUGAGCACAAUCCUAGACUUACUGUCUUUAGGAAAUGGGGCUGUUGUUCCAGGAAGUAGUCUCCACACAGUGGCUCUAAAAGGUCCUGGUAAUUGCACCCUGGGUGUGGGAGUUGCCAGCUCUGCAGAGGCCAAGCUGGGGGAGCCAGGGCAUCAACCAUUUCCCACCCAGGUCACAUUGUAAAACUGGACUGAGAGCUGGAGAGAGCACUGUCCCACCCCUUGCACUUUCCACCCUCCUUGCUUCCUCUUCUCAUUCUCCCCGCUUGCCCUAGAACACCCAGAUGUUGAAUUUAGGCUGUUUAGGUUAACAAACUUUCAUGGAAUGUGUUAUAAUAAUAAAAAUAAGGCAAACUGAAGUUUGGAGAGGUUGCUUAAGGCCAUUCAACUAGCACUGGGCAGGAGUCGAGGGUCUGAGGGAACUGGAAAGCAUGAAUAAAUAAGUAAUGGUGUUUAAGGUCACUCCUGGAAGCAAGGCGGCUCUAGCUAAUUUAUGUAUCGGAGAUGUAAUCACAGCCAUUGAUGGGGAAAAUACUAGCAAUAUGACACACUUGGAAGCUCAGAACAGAAUCAAAGGCUGCACAGACAACUUGACUCUCACUGUAGCCAGAUCUGAACAUAAAGUCUGGUCUCCUCUGGUGACGGAGGAAGGGAAGCGUCAUCCAUACAAGAUGAAUUUAGCCUCUGAACCCCAGGAGGUCCUGCACAUAGGAAGCGCCCACAACCGAAGUGCCAUGCCCUUUACCGCCUCGCCUGCCUCCAGCACUACUGCCAGGGUCAUCACAAACCAGUACAACAACCCAGCUGGCCUCUACUCUUCUGAAAAUAUCUCCAACUUCAACAAUGCCCUGGAGUCAAAGACUGCUGCCAGCGGGGUGGAGGCGAACAGCAGACCCUUAGACCAUGCUCAGCCUCCAAGCAGCCUUGUCAUCGACAAAGAAUCUGAAGUUUACAAGAUGCUUCAGGAGAAACAGGAGUUGAAUGAGCCCCCGAAACAGUCCACGUCUUUCUUGGUUUUGCAGGAAAUCCUGGAGUCUGAAGAAAAAGGGGAUCCCAACAAGCCCUCAGGAUUCAGAAGUGUUAAGGCUCCUGUCACUAAAGUGGCUGCGUCGAUUGGAAAUGCUCAGAAGUUGCCUAUGUGUGACAAAUGUGGCACUGGGAUUGUCGGUGUGUUCGUGAAGCUGCGGGACCGUCACCGCCACCCUGAGUGUUAUGUGUGCACUGACUGUGGCACCAACCUGAAACAGAAGGGCCAUUUCUUUGUGGAGGAUCAAAUCUACUGUGAGAAGCAUGCCCGGGAGCGAGUCACACCACCUGAGGGUUAUGAAGUGGUCACUGUGUUCCCCAAGUGAGCCAGCAGAUCCGACCACUGUUCUCCAGCAGGCCUCUGCUGCAGCUUUUUCUCUCAGUGUUCUGGCCCUCUCCUCUCUUGAAAGUUCUCUGCUUACUUUGGUUUUCCCUCUGCUUGUAAAACAUUGAGUCCCCUCCCUGCCUUGGUUAAUUGACUCACACCAGCUGUGCGAUGCCCGCUUUUACAAUUAAAGGAAAACUGUUUUGUUCAGUGUCACCUUGUCAGCAACACCGUGUCCCUUCGCCCCGCCGUUCUUCUCUGCUGCAUUUGGACAUCAGCCAAAUUUGAACCCAAUCAAAUAUAACGUGUCUGACACUGAUUUUGUUUUUACUCAAUAAAUGUAUAGACUACAAA